GGCGCGGGGUCGAAGGGCACGCGGCGUCAGUGUCAUGGCGGCCUCCACGGUGGGCUGUGGCUGGCGCCCGCUGCAGCUUAACAUCCCUAGUCUGUGCCGCAGCGGGCCGGGGCCCCGUAGUAUGUGGGCAUGCGUGCGGCGGCUCCCGGGGCCCGCGGUGACCCGGAGGAGCGUGGUGGCAACCAGUGGKCCGGGCGUCUCGGGCACUGACCACUACUGUCUGGAGUUGUUGCGGAAACGAGAUUAUGAAAGUUAUUUAUGUUCCCUGCUGCUCCCUGCCGAAUCCCGAAGUUCUGCUUUUGCAUUGAGAGCCUUCAAUGUGGAAUUGGCUCAGGCUGAUCAAGGACUCAGUCUCUGAAAAAGCAAUUGGACUGAUGCGAAUGCAGUUUUGGAAAAAAACUGUGGAAGAAAUAUACCAUGACAAUCCACCACAUCAGCCAGUGGCCAUUGAACUGUGGAAGGCCGUCAAAAGACAUAAUCUGACUAAAAGAUGGCUUAUGAAAAUCAUUGAUGAAAGAGAAAAAAAUUUAGAUGACAAAGCAUAUCGUAAUAUCCAGGAACUUGAAAAUUAUGCUGAAAACACCCAGAGCUCUCUUCUUUAUUUAACACUAGAAAUAUUGGGUAUAAAGGACCUUCAUGCAGAUCAUGCUGCAAGUCACAUUGGAAAAGCACAAGGUAUUGUCACCUGCUUGAGAGCAACACCCUAUCAUGGUAGCAGAAGAAAAGUAUUCCUUCCUAUGGAUAUUUGUAUGCAGCAUGGUGUCUCACAAGAGGACUUUCUACGGAGGAACCAAAAUAAAAAUGUAAGGGAUGUAAUAUAUGACAUCGCCAGCCAGGCACACUUACACCUAAAGCAUGCUAGGUCCUUUCACAAAAGUGUUCCUGUGAAAGCAUUUCCUGCUUUUCUUCAGACGGUUUCUUUAGAGGACUAUUUAAAGAAAAUUCAACAAGUGGAUUUUGAUAUAUUCCAUCCAUCUUUACAGCAGAAAAAUACAUUACUUCCAUUAUCUUUGUAUAUUCAAUCAUGGAGGAAAAGCUAUUAGAACAAUUUCAUGAUGUUGAUAUGARUUUAUUUUUAGUUCAUUAGUUUUACAGAAAUUUUCUAGUUAGGGUUCUUGUUUAGCAACAAUAGCAACUAACUGUUUAAGUAGAAAAAGAAUUAUUGGUUGGGAGUUGAGUUAGCUCACAGAACUGAUGUGAAGUUGCUGUGGGACUGGAGUGCCAAAACACUGCCAAGAUUCUGCCACACACACCACCAUUGGCACCACCAGCCCAGACAGGGUCUAUUGUGCCAUCCCUGGGAAGUCAGAGCCCAGGAGGGAGCCAUGCUCCUGCCAAAGGGUGGGGAGAGGGAAUAUAUUCCUUCCUCCAUCACCCUUAGGAAGGGAAAGGGGAAGAGACUCAACUAGCACUGGGAUUUAUAUGCUAAACAUCUGAAACUCAGGUGUUAUGUACAGCUGGAAAUGCAUUUAUUUGCAGGUCGUGAAGGAUGAACUUAAUCUUUGAAUAGUAUCAGUUUCUAUGUAGAGGGCUUUAUAUCCCUUAUGUUUAAUCUUUAUGAUCUUGUGUGAAAGUUUAUCAUGAUGCUGAAACAGUUUAUGUAAGGUACAGCACCUUUGUGAGAACUGGAGCUCUAAUUUGAUUUUAGGUGUGGUUGGUCUGGAAGCUCUGACCUUAUUGUUAACCUUACUGCAUCAGUCUGUCAUUCAGUAUUAUGAUCAUGAACAAACUGUUUUGGCAWAAUUUGUAUUAGUGUUAAUUAUGUUAAUAUUGUAUUGAACAUCCAUUAAGUAGAUGURUAUUUUAAAAACUUGUAUACAUUGAGCUUCCCCGUGAUAAGCACUGUAAACAAACACAUUGUGUAUUCUCAUUUGAUCUUCUUAAAAGCCCUAUGAAAUAAAUGGUAAUUAAUGUA